AAGCACAACUGGAAACGACCAGGGAUCGAUUGUCAACCCAAAAAAUCGACCUCGUUCCCAACCAAAUGGGAGAAUACAUUUAGAUAGGCCGUAAUGUUCAUGUUGAGGAGGAGGUGAAGCACAACCAGCAUGAGUGUCAUCAAAGGGGCUUGAAUUUUUUCCAAUAUAGAGGAUAUGAUGGUUGGCUCAGGGAUGCCUUCACCUGACAGUUCCAGUCAGCAAUCACAGUCACAGGGUUCACAGUUGGGUGUCAACAACGCCGGUGAUUACACCAGCGCCAACAGCAGUCAUCCAUGGUCGCAAGUUUCGUCGCAGAGGAGAGGAAUGAUAAGAGGCAACUACCCUCCACCAGUUCAGAGGAGGAUGGACAUGUACUACCCUCCACCGAGGUUUCCGAUCAACCCGCAACAGUACUUUCAGAUGAAGCAACGUCCACCAUGGAGGAUGCCACGACUCCCGAGAUUCCCACCGAAUGCCAACCAUGAGAACUAUAUGAAUUAUCCACGAUUCUGGAAUUCAAAUAACCAAGGGUCUACACAAGCCACUGCCACGCCUUCAUCGACUGAAGAAGAAAAUACUGAAGAGGCAGUUCCUAAGAAGAAAAGAAGAUCAACCAAUGGCACUUCAAGACCAUGGGACAGAGAAGCAGCAGAAAAAGCGCUCGCUCUUGAAAUGGAAUGUCAGAAAAGCGCUGGCACAAAUGCCAUUGUCAUUCGCUUCCCUGAUCCGGAACUCUCUAAAGAAAUUGUACAAAACUUUCACAGUUCAAUUGAAAAUGUGCAUUUUCAAGCACCAUGCGGUGCCAGGUACUGUUUUGUGACAUUAAAAGACGAUGCAAAUGUAGAAAAAGUUAUGAAAGAUAUCAAUAAAGUUAAAUUUGGUGUCGGAUAUUUACAAGCGGAGAAAAAAGUACAGAAAGUUGAAGAGACAGUGGGCCCUGAGAAUAUCGAUCCUUUUACAUUAUAUGUUGGAAAUUUGCCGACGAACAUUAGCACAUUGGAAGUGAAGGAAAAAUUCCCGACAGCGACGAGAAUCGAUGUUGGUUAUGCACAGAAAAUGAAAUACACAAGAUAUGCCUUUAUACGUUAUUCGACGGCAGAGGCUGCUUUCGAGGCUUAUAAGACUUCUGUGAAUUCGAUCAUAGCGUCGAGGUCAAUCAUCCUCCGGUUUAGAAGGCACAAGGCGCCAGUUGGGCCGCCGGGUCAGAAACCGAGCCCGAGUGUUCUAGAAGCAAAGCCUGGUGAAAAAUUAACAGUAGGUGCGAAAUUAAAAGCGAAGAAAGAAAAAGCAAAGGCUGAAAAGCUUGCAAAAGAAAAUGAACUUAAAAAACUUAAAAAAUCCAAGAAAAUAAAAACAGAGGAUGCGUCAUCGGACGAAGAGGAAGUAGAACUCGAAAAAGACGAAUCGGAAUUCGGCAGUGGCGAGGAGGAUGACGACGACGACGAUGAUGAUGAUGACGAUGAUGAUGACCCAGACGAUGAUGAUGACGACGACGACGAUGACCCUGAUGAUGACAUGGUCCAAUAUGAAGACGAUAAUGUAGACGAUGACGAUGAUGAUGACGACCUGGACGAUGACAUCGAGGCGAAUGUGAAAGUGGAAGAUGACGACGAUUAUGCCAGUUACGGAUACGCAGUGAAUCUAGAUCAGUUGACUGAAAACAAAUAAAAUUGAUGAG